ACAAAAUGAUAAAUCGUUGAAGUGAUUCCCAACUGUCAUUUGAGAGUUGACGUUUGACAACAGCUAUCAUUUUAUUAAUUCGAUAAAAUGGCUUUAAUAUUCAGGCUUCAUCAAAACCGACAACUUCUCAAAUAUGUUGCGGCGAAUAAAAGUUUGAUUCUUUUGGCACGACCAGUUACAAUAAAAGCACAACCGGCACCUCCUCAAUCAUGCGAGGGUUACGACGAGAGGAACAUGAAAAUUGGAAGACCUCUAUCACCUCAUCUACUCAUUUAUAAACCGCAAUUAACAGCAAUGUUGUCAAUUACUCAUAGAGCAACAGGAAUGGCACUUGGUUUUUAUUUAGUUUGUUUAAGUGUUGGAACAAUGUUAACAUCCCACGAUCUCAUGUAUUACAUGUCAUCUUUGGAGAAUAUAAGUUGGUUUACUCACUUUAUAGGAAAAAUGUGCUUUGCUGUACCUCUCGCUUACCAUUAUGUAAAUGGAAUUCGUCACUUGGCUUGGGAUAUGGGCAAACUCCUUACUAUUAAAGAAGUUUAUUCAAGUGGUUAUGCGAUGCUUGGGAUUUCUAUUAUUGCAGCGGGUGUUCUUGCUAUGCUAUAAUGACCUUUACA